AAAUGUUGACAUUUUCAUUGAUUCAGCGCAUCUGUCAAAUGGUUGCUGAAUUUUGGAUUGCUGCUGACUGAAAGAAAAACUUCAGAAAGUGUGAGAUUUUCAUUGCAUUCGUACGUGCAGUUGUUGGUGUACGCGUUCCAAACUCUAAAAACUCCAUUUGAAAAGCGUAGUUUUUACGCAUUGUCUGCGUCGGCGGUUCCAAAAUGGCUCAGAGCAAACUGAACGAUUUGGCCGGAAAAUUCGGUAAGGGUGGACCACCCGGAUUGGCGACCGGCCUGAAGCUGCUGGCAGCUGUCGGUGCCGCUGCCUACGGAAUCAACAAUUCCAUGUUCACAGUCGAAGGUGGCCACCGUGCAAUCAUGUUUAACCGAAUUGGCGGAGUCGGUGAUGACAUCUUCAGUGAAGGACUACACUUCCGAGUUCCGUGGUUCCAGUACCCGAUUGUGUACGACAUCCGUUCCCGCCCGAGGAAAAUCUCGUCCCCAACUGGUUCGAAGGAUUUGCAGAUGGUCAAUAUCUCGCUCCGAGUGUUGUCCCGCCCAGAUGCCCUCCGAUUGCCCACGAUGUACCGUCAGCUUGGAUUGGACUACGACGAAAAGGUGCUGCCAUCGAUUUGCAACGAAGUGCUCAAGAGUGUGGUCGCCAAGUUCAAUGCCUCCCAGCUGAUUACCCAGCGUCAGCAGGUUUCGCUGCUUAUCCGCCGGGAGCUGGUGGAGCGCGCGAAGGAUUUCAACAUCAUUCUGGAUGACGUUUCGCUUACGGAGCUCAGCUUUGGCAAGGAAUAUACGGCGGCCGUCGAAAGCAAACAAGUGGCCCAGCAGGAAGCCCAGCGGGCUGCUUUCCUGGUGGAGCGUGCCAAGCAGGAACGUCAACAGAAGAUUGUCCAGGCCGAGGGAGAAGCUGAGGCCGCAAAAAUGUUGGGUCUGGCCGUUAGUCAAAACCCUGGCUACCUAAAGCUCAGGAAGAUCCGCGCCGCACAGAACAUUGCUCGAACGAUCGCCAACUCGCAGAACCGUGUCUACCUCUCCGCCAACAGUCUGAUGUUGAACAUUUCCGAUGCCGAGUUCGACGACAUGUCCAAGAGGGUUUCAACCGACGUGAAACUGGAUCACCCGGGUCUGUUGGGAACUUUGUUAGAUAAGUAAGUCAUCACCCCGUAGCGUGUAUAGUGUAAACUCUGUACUGCCUUUCGAGAGGAAAUCCGAUCGCCUUCUUCGUUAUUCGUGUAAGCACACGGUGGUGCAGCGCGGCGACCGUAAACUAGUUGAUAAUUCUGUUUGGUUUCGGUUCACACUGCGCACACACCUGCUUGCAUCGGAACUGGGAGAUCACCAUAGUUAUACAAUGAUAAAGCAGAGUGGAAUCGCAAUAGAAUGAACCAUUUUUUGGCGAUCACCCCAGCAUUUCGUUAGAAGUUAAGCUCAUAUUCCAAAAAAUAAAUGCUCUCGUGCAGAUGUUGUUUCAACAGA